CUUGGAGCUGAACUAGGAGCCCGGGCUAUCAGCCACCUGGAAGAAGUUAGUGAUGAAGGUAUCAUGGCAAUGGCAAGAGCUAAGUGUGCUGCUGUACUUUUACCGACAACUGCCUACAUGCUAAGACUGAAGCAACCUCAAGCUAGAAAAAUGUUAGAAGAAGGAGUUAUAGUUGCUCUUGGCAGCGACUUUAAUCCUAAUGCAUACUGUUUUUCAAUGCCUAUGGUGAUGCAUCUGGCCUGUGUAAACAUGAAGAUGUCAAUGAGUGAAGCACUGGCUGCUGCCACCAUUAAUGCAGCUUAUGCUCUGGGAAAAUCGGACACACAUGGCUCCAUAGAGACUGGCAAGCAGGGGGAUCUUGUUAUCAUAAAUUCAUCAAGGUGGGAGCACUUGAUUUACCAGUUUGGGGGACAUGAAGCAUUGAUCGACUAUGUUAUAGUUAAAGGAAAAGUCAUUUAUCAAAACGAGAGGUGUGGGACAAUGAGCAGUUACUGA